GAGCUUAGCCAAUCAGAUUGAGAGAGCACGGACAAACCCUCCUCCUUUUUCCUUCGGCCGAUUUCGUCACGUGUGGCUUGGCCUCCGCCCCGCCCUUCCCUUGGGAUUCCCUCGGCCCAGGGCUUCUCCCACCAGUCGCGCGCCCGGCGCUAGGUUGCAGAAUAUCUGGAUCUUUCAUAAAAGAAGAAACAAUUAUGGCUCACACACGCAAGCCCCCACUUGUGACAGGCAUUUCUCCCAAUGAAGGCAUUUCAUGGACAAAGGUCACAAUUCGUGGAGAAAACUUGGGAAUGGGCCCAACAGAUCUGAUAGGUUUGACCAUCUGUGGGCACAAUUGCAUUCUGACUGCUGAAUGGAUGUCUGCCAGCAAAAUUGUAUGUCGAGUAGGGCAAGCUAAAAAUGACAAAGGUGACAUUAUUGUCACUACAAGGUCAGGAGGCAAAGGAACUUCAACUGUUGCUUUUAAACUUCUGAAACCUGAAAAAAUAGGUAUCUUGGAUCAGUCUGCUGUCUGGGUUGAUGAAAUGAACUAUUAUGACAUGCGCACUGAUAGGAACAAAGGGAUGCCCCCUUUGUCUCUUCGCCCAGCUAAUCCUCUUGGUAUUGAGAUAGACAAGGGAAAGUUUCCACAGAAAGAGCUGGAAGCUCUAUUUCCUGGGAUGAGUGCUGAUUUCACAAGUGAAAACUUCUCAGCUGCUUGGUAUUUGAUAGAAAACCAUUCAACAACAAGUUUUGAUCAGCUUAAAUUGGCAGUAAUGAAUUUGAAGAAACAAGCGAACAAGAAGAAUGAAGGAAGUCUGCAGUAUGUCAAAGGAGGCCUCAGCACUUUUUUUGAAGCACAAGAUGCUCUGUCAGCAAUCCAUCAAAAACUGGAGGCAGAUGGAACAGAGAAAGUGGAAGGAUCCAUGACGCAAAAACUGGAGAAUGUUCUGAAUAGAGCAAGUAAUACUGCAGACACCUUGUUUCAGGAAGUUUUGGGUCGCAAAGACAAGGCAGAUUCAACAAGAAAUGCACUCAAUGUCCUUCAACGCUUCAAAUUUCUUUUCAAUCUUCCACUGAAUAUCGAAAGAAACAUUCAAAAGGGAGAUUAUGAUGUUGUUAUUAACGAUUAUGAAAAAGCGAAGUCAUUAUUUGGGAAAACUGAGGUUCAAGUCUUCAAAAAAUAUUAUGCUGAAGUUGAAACUCGGGUUGAAGCAUUAAGGAAAUUGCUUUUAGAUAAACUGCUUGAGACUCCUUCAACUUUACAUGACCAGAAGCGCUAUAUAAGAUAUCUGUCUGAUCUUCAUGCCGAAGGGGACCCAGCCUGGCAAUGCAUUGGUGCCCAGCAUAAGUGGAUCCUGCAGCUUAUGCAUAACUGUAAGGAGAGCUAUGUGAAAGAACAGAAAGGCAGUCUGCUGUUGCACAGCCCCAUGGUGGAUCUAGACAGCGAAGUACGCCCAUCUUCACUCGGUCAUCUCAGUCGGAGUGCUUCAUUGAAAAGAGGCAGCAGCAAUCAAUCCAGUCGUGAUGAAACAUGGAGAUUUAAGGCACCUCAGCAAGUUGCAUUUGUUGAAAAACUGACAAAGCUUGUUGUGAGCCAGCUGCCCAACUUCUGGAAACUCUGGAUUUCUUAUGUGAAUGGAAGCCUCUUUAGUGAAACUGCUGAAAAAUCAGGCCAAAUGGAAAGAUCAAAGAAAAAUGCUAGACAAAGGCAAAAUGAUUUCAAGACUAUGAUUCAGCAAGUGAUGAAUUCCCUGGUCAAACUGAUUCGUGGUGCUUUACUUCCAUUCAGCCUUGGAGAAAAUGAGCUCAGAGAUUAUGGUGGCUGGGAGAUGAAGUCUGAACUUUCUAGUCAGUGGUUGCCUCAUGUUAUUGAGACGGUCAGGCUUAGCUAUGAAUCUCUUACUGCACUUGAAAUACCAAAUGAUAUGCUUCAGAUAAUUCAGGAUCUCAUUUUUGAUCUCAGAGUUCGUUGUAUAAUGAUUACUUUGCAACAUACAGCUGAAGAUGUGAAGAGAUUAGCUGAAAAGGAAGACUGGAUUGUGGAUAAUGAAGGCUUAACUUGUUUGCCAUCCCAGUUUGAGCAAUGUGUUGUACAUUCUCUGCAGUCACUUAAAGGAGUCCUGGAAUGUAAACCUGGGGAGACAAGUGUUUUUCAGCAACCAAAAAUACAGGAAGAUGUAUAUCAGCUGAGCAUCAACAUUAUGCAGGUAUUCAUUGAUUGCCUGGAACAACUGAGUACAAAACCUGACAGUGAUGUAGAUACUACACAUCUUUCAGGUGAUGUUUCAUCCUCAGAUUUAUUUGGAAGCAUCCAUGAGGACUCAAGUUUGUCUUUAGAACGAAGGCUUUUAGUUGUGCUUAGUAACUGCUGUUAUCUGGAACGCCAUACCUUCCUAAACUUAGCUGAGUAUUUUGAAAAACAUGGCUUUCAAGGAGUUGAAAAAAUAACUCAGGUGAGCAUGGACUCAUUAAAAGAAUUGGAUCAACGGCUGUUUGAAAUGUACAUUGAACUAAAAGCUGACCCUAUAGUGGGCUCAUUGGAACCUGGCAUAUAUGCAGGUUAUUUCGAUUGGCAAGACUGCCUUACUCCAACAGGUGUCAGGAACUAUUUGAAAGAAGCCUUAGUACAUAUCAUUGCUGUACAUGCGGAGGUGUUCACUGUCUCAAAAGAACUUGUGCCCCGAGUGCUGUCAAGGAUUGUCGAAGCAGUUGCUGAAGAACUCAACAGACUCAUGCAGUGUGUUUCAUCUUUCAGUAGAAAUGGUGCUUUACAGGCCCGGCUUGAAAUUUGUGCACUGAGAGAUGCUGUCGCUGUAUUUCUUACAACUGAAAGCAACUCAAACUUUAAGCAAGCUCUGGAGGCCUUGCCUCAGCUAUCAAGUGUUGGAGAUAAAAAGUUGCUUGAAGAGCUUCUAAACACUUUCAAGAGUAGCAUGCAGUUGCAGCUUACCUGUUUUCAAGCUUCUUCUUCUACCGUGGUGAAGACAUAAGGCAGCUCUGAACUGUAAUUAUUUCACAAAAAAGGAAAUAAUAAACCCCUUCUCUCUUGAUGUUUGUAUUUAUCCUUCUUGUACCGUUGUAUUACAGUGUUGUUCAUCAUACUGACAGGUACCUUGCUCCACUUGAAUCAGAACUCCAAACUUAAAUCUCUUGUUUACUUGUCAGUCUGUCACUCCACUUUUCUGAGAAAAUCAUUGCCAGGAAGAGUGCCAGAAAGAAGUUUUUAUUAUUGGGACUCUAUCAUGAAAACAUGGAAAAUAGACUUUUUAGACUACUCUGGCUUGCAUUUAUGUUUGCAUUGAAGGGCUCUGCUCCCAGGGGUUACUUUUUACCAAUUUUGGGGAGUCCAGCCUGGCCUUGACUCCAUCUCUUACCUGAUUUCACAAGGUCUCUUUAGCCUCUGUGUAGCAUUUUCACAAGUCUGGAGAGGCUGCUGAAAGAGGGAAGGAGGAAUCAACACUGUAUAUGUAACUGGAUUUUGAUCCCCCAAAUCUGAAUCUCUGCUCACUUCAGUUUUUUUAUGUACAUGCCUACUAUUAUAAUCUUUUAAGGGGAGACAAAAGAUUGAAAAUAAGGUUUGCCUAUGUAACAAAAACUUUUCCGGUAAGCUCACUGACCAGUUUUUGGCUGUUCAUAAGCUUCUGUCCUGGUUUUAAAACACAACAGAUAGGUAUUCCAGUAGGAUUUAUUUUAUACGUAUUAGUACAUUGUCUACAAUUUCAAUGUAGGAAUGGAAUGUAGCAUAUAGUUGUGGAAGGCUUGUCAAAGCCAUAAAGCACAAGGUUUCCAGGUGCAAACUAGUAUCCAAAUGAGUUCCAGUCAUGGCUCCAUCUUAAAAGAUACACUUGCAUUUUUCCAAUAUAAAAGUGUCUAUGGCACAGUUCUCAAACUGAGCUUUUGAAGAGCUAGCCAAAACUUGCGAAGUGCAGGCAAAAUAUUUUUUCUGAAUUAUAGGCAAAAUACUGAAAUUACAGGAUUGUGGUUUAAUUUGCCAGAAAAAUCACUUAUCUGACAGACAUUUUAGUAAGGCUUGUGGAUAAAUGUAACCAAUAGAACUGAAGGUUUGAGUGAACAAAAAUACAGCCAUUGUUUAUUAAUGACUUAUAUACUAAAAUCUUUCCCCAUCUCAAGAACAUAAAAUUGUGAUAGUGAGAUCUGUCACCUUCUUGGAGACAGUAUCGGAAGAAUAUCUGUGGUGAAAAGGUGAAGUGGUUUUGUGUUGGGUUUAGGUCUGCUCUUUAUGUACAGCCCAAACAUUUAUGACUUUUAUAUCCUGUUUUUGCCCUCUAUGGACCGAUGCAUAUGAAGCUCUCUGUCUCUGUCUCUCUCUUGAUGCCUUCUCUCUCUCUCUCUCUCUUUAUUUGUUAUAUUUCCAAAGUAAUCCUGUGAGAUAGGUUGGACAUUGAGUGAGAAUAACUGGCACAGAAUUACCUGGCAGAAUUGUCCGAAGGUGCUGCUAUGCCACUCCAAUUAAAAUUGCCAAUAAAUCCUUAGGAAUAUUUAGGAUUGGACUUAGACUGUGUGUUUUUGUAGAAUUCCUGUUUUGCUUUAGAUAUCUCCAAACUGAAACUCUGGAAAUACAGCAUACAUCCUUACUGUUAAACAAAAAAGGGGAAAGGGGGAUGGUCCAUGUAUUACAUGAAAAGCUUCCUUUCCAGAGUAUACCUAUGUGUUGUUAAUGAGACUGGUUCAUAGUUAAAUGUGCUGAAGCUCUGAUUGUUUCCCUAUACAUGCAAAAUAAUAAAGCCAAUAAAAGAAAAUUGACUGACUGA